AUGGAUCUCUGUCGAACGACAUUUAAUCAUUUUUCAUGCACAUCAAUUUUCUGUGUGAUUUGGGCACCAUUAUUUAACUUCAUCAUAAUAGUGAUCAAUCCAUGGUGCACGAAUGUAUGGGAUUUUAGUCGAAUUCUUUGUGGUUUUCCAUGUUCUUAUGGAAACAAGGCUUUAAGUGAAUUUGCUUUUCUCUUCAAUAUUACCCUGCCCAGUGUAACCAUUAUAUUGGCCAAUGUAACGUUAGUUAUUCGAGUGAUCUAUCAAAAGAUGUCCCGACAACAAGGAGUGAACUGGCGACGUCAUCGUAAAAUGGUAUUACAACUAUGGGUAAUCUCAUCAUUUUAUUUGGCAAUUUGGUUACCUUUGGUUAGUACACUAUUUAUUGAAAUGACUGUACAACCGUCAUUUAUGAUUGAUCAUUUGGAAGCAAUGCAAUUUGCUCCGUAUUUUAUUCCACUUUUUUUGCCAAUGAUAUGUCUCAGUUCACAACCAGAAUUAGUAAGCAAAAUAAAGAAUCUUAUUCGGAUGCGACCAAUGAACAGAGUUAGCACUGUAACUUAA